AUGGAAGAAAAUUCCAAUGACGACGAAUUGAUAUCGAUAUCACCGGAGCUGCGUAUACACCCCGUGGUGAUGGAGAGUUCUGCUGGGGAGGAUCAGCCUGGUAGAUCUCAUGGCGUUCUUUCUUUUUCUUCUACCCCUAAGCGCAGCAGCAGCUGCUGGCUCGGCAGCAGCAGCAGCAGCAGCAGCAGCACAGCAGCAGCAGCAGCUGCAGCAGCAGCAGCAGCAGCAACAGGACCCAUCAGCUCCCCUCAAAGGACUCACUGCUCGCACACCAUCGAAGAAAUUCGCGCUCGUCUUAAACCCCGAGUACCAUGUGGAGUAGGAGGGGCUUCGGGUGUAUCUACAGCUGCUGGUUCUUACGAAAACCUCCCGACCUCUCCUUCUCGUCUAAGGCAGCGGCUGCAUGCAGAUUGUGCUGCUGCUGCUGCUGCUGCUGCUGUUGGUGCUGCUGCUGGUGAAAGCCCUCAUAGCAGUAAUAGUUGUGCUGCAUCAACAGGUGCAGCAGCAGCAGGGACAGCAGCAACAGCAGCAGCAGCAGCAGCAGCAGCAGCAGCAGCAGGAGAGCCUGGGGUGUCUGUACACCGGGAGGCGGAGACACCUCCUCUUCGUAGUUUUGCCUCUGAUUGUUUUGAUUCCCUAUUAAGGAGGAGACAAGCAGCAACAGCAGCAGCAGCAACAGCAGCAGCAACAGCAACAGCAGCAGCAGCAGCAACAGCAGCAACAGCAGCAACAGCAGCAAAUAGGACUGCAGCAACACAACUCGAUGCUGCAGACACUAAAAGUUGUCUCCUUAUGCUCCAUGAGCUACUAGGGUUUGCGGAGGCAGCAGAAUCUCAUCGUCAGCAAGCAGUACAAGAAGCACAAAAGAUAAGAGGGUUUAAUACAGAAUUAUGUUUGCUGCUGCAGCAAGCAAACAGCAGAGAGCAGCAAAUUAUUGGCGAAUUAGGCAUCAAUAGAUCUUUAUUAGCAGAGGCACAUAAUAAAAUUAUACUACUAGAAAAAUCCGCUGAGGAGUCUGCUGCUUCUUUAAGGACACAAAGAGACACUCUUGCUGAGAGACUUCAAGUCGUUGAGGCAGAGCUUGCUCGGUGUACUAGGGAGAAUGAGCAGCUACGGCAGCAGCAAGCAGCAAGCGAAGCGUCUCUUCGUGAGCUAGCAGCAAUACGCGAGUCUCAUGGUGUUAUAGAAAGAGAGAAGAAACAAUUGCAGUCAGAGAUGUUUGCUGGCAGCAGCCCUGUCUUUGAUGAGACAGAGGAAGACAGCAGCAGCAGCCGUUUGCUGCUGCUGCUGCAGCAAUUUGCUGCUGAGGUGUCUCCUCAUCUAGGAGACAAUGAAGCAAAUGAGCUGCUGCAGCAGCAGCUGCUGCAGCAAGGAGCAGCAAAGGGGAUCCUUGAUGCGUUUCAACAGCAAUGGCAGCUAUGGACUUUGUAG